CGGACGAGUUCAUGGCCGAUGGGUCCGACUCCAGAAAGCCGAGGCUGUUCAUCAGGGAAAUGGUUUUGAGGAACUUCAAGUCUUAUGCCGGGGAACAGCGCGUUGGUCCUUUCCACAAGAGCUUUUCUGCUGUUGUUGGACCUAAUGGGAGUGGGAAGAGCAACGUUAUAGAUGCAAUGCUCUUUGUAUUCGGAAAACGAGCUAAGCAGAUGCGACUUAACAGAGUUUCGGAGCUCAUUCAUAACUCCCCUAAUUGCCAGAAUAUAGAUAGUGCUGGAGUUUCUGUUCAUUUCCAGGAGAUCAUGGAUUUGGAUGAUGGGACGUUUGAAGCUGUUCCAGGAAGUGAUUUUGUAAUCACUAGGGUAGCGUAUCGGGAUAACUCCUCCAAGUAUUACAUCAAUGAUCGUUCAAGCAAUUUCACUGAAGUUACCAAGAAUCUGAAAGGGAAAGGAGUUGACCUGGACAACAAUCGCUUCUUGAUUCUUCAGGGUGAAGUUGAGCAGAUCUCACUCAUGAAGCCAAAAGCUCAAGGAUCUCAGGAUGAAGGCUUCCUCGAGUACCUUGAGGACAUUAUCGGGACCAGCAAAUAUGCCCAAAAAAUUGAUGAAUCUUAUCAAGAGCUAGAGUCCCUCAAUGAGAAAAGAUCCGGUGUCGUGCAAAUGGUUAAGCUGGCAGAGAAAGAAAGAGAUGGCUUGGAGGAUGGGAAGAAUGAAGCGGAAACUUACAUGCUGAAAGAGUUGUCACUUCUAAAGUGGCAAGAGAAAGCCACAAAACUGGCUCAUGAAGAUACCUCUGCCAAAAUGCUUGAUCUACAGGAAAAUAUAACCAGCUUAGAAGAAAAUCUGAACAACGAUAGGGAGAAGAUCCAGGAGCGUAAUAAUGCACUGAAGGAGCUUGAAUCUACGUACGAUAAGGAUAUGAAACAACAAGAGGAAUUAUAUAUCGCCCUCAACAGAUAUAAGGAUGAAUUUAAGCAUCUUGAAAAGGAGCGUGCAAAAUAUCUGGUGAAUCUGCAAUAUGUGGAGCAGAAGAUCAAGAAACUCGAUGAAAAACUUGAAAAGGAUUCAUUAAAGAUUGGUGACAGAGAGAGGGACUGUGAGAACUCGAUUAGUCAGAUCCCAGAACUUGAGAAAAGUAUUCGCCAACUGCAAAAACUCUUGUUGGAUGAAGAAAAAGUCCUGGAGGAAAUUAUUGAGGAUUCCAAAGGGGAUACAGAAACAUAUUGCUGUGAGCUUACAACAGUUCGUUCCAGAUUAGAACCUUGGGAAAAACAACCGAUUGAGCACCGGAAGAAAUUUGAUGUUGCAUAUACUGAACGCAAGCUUUUGGAUGAAAAGCAUCAAGCUGGUCGUGCAGCUUUUGAAGACGCUCGAAAGCAGAUGGAUGAUAUAUGGGGACUGAUACAAACAAAAACUGCAGACAUUACAAAAAUUCGGAAUGAGCUAGAAAAGAGCAAGUUCGAAAGGACGGAAUACCGUAAAGCCGAACAGGAAUACAUCAAAGAACAAGAAGCUCUCAUACCUUGUGAACAAGCUGCAAGACAGAAGGUUGCAGAACUCAAGCAUCUUCUGGAUUCUGAAAAGAGUAGGGGAAGACUUUUAAAAGCAAUUUUACAUGCUAAGUUGUCCAACCGGAUACCGGGAAUACAUGGCCGACUGGGCGAUUUAGGUGCUAUUGAUGAGCAAUAUGAUGUUGCCAUAUCAACGGCUUGCCCUGGACUUGACAAUAUUGUGGUGGAAACAACUGAUGGAGCAAUAGCUUGUGUUGAGCUACUCCGAAGGGAGAAUCUUGGUGUUGCUAAUUUCAUGAUAAUGGAAAAGAUCACUGAUCGUUUACCAGUGAGGAAGGAGAAUGUAAGAACUCCAGAAGGAGUUCCACACCUUUUCGAUCUAGUUAGGGUUGAGGACCAGAGAAUGAAAGUUGCUUUCUUUAAAGCAUUGAAGAAUACCGUUGUAGCUAAAGAUCUAGAUCAGGCAGCACGUAUUGCAUAUGGAGGAAACCCCAGAUUUCGAGCGGUAACACUUGAUGGUGCACUAUUUGAAAUAUCUGGUACAAUGACUGGUGGUGGAAGUAAGCCAUGUGGUGGUAAGAUUGGCCGAUCUAUAUGUACUACUGUAGUGUCAGAAGAAGCUGUUACAGAUGCCAGCAGGGAGCUUGCCAGCAUGACAGAUAAAUUAAACCAUAUCCGCCAACAUAUUGCUGACGCAGCAAAGAGAUAUCAAGCCUCUGAAGAUGCAAUUGCACACUGGGAGUUGGAAUUAGCUAAAAGCCAGAAAGAGAUUGACAGUUUGAGUUCACAACAUAGUUAUCUUGAAAUGCAAAUUGGUUCCUUGGAGGCUGCAUCACAGCCGAAGAAGGAUGAGGUUGAUCAGCUAAGAAAACUCGAUAGUAUCAUUUCUGCUGAAGGAAAUAAGAUCGACGAACUCAUCCAAGGAUCUAAGCAGCUUAAGGAAAAGGUCCUGGAGCUUCAGCAUAACAUAGAAAAUGCUGGUGGUGAAAGUUUAAAAGUACAGAAGUCAAAGGUCAAUAAGAUUAAGUCUGAUAUUGAUGAAAAGAACACUGAACUCAACCGCCACAAAGUCCAAAUUGAGACUGGCCAGCAAACUAUAAAGGAGUUGAGAAAAGUGAUUCAAGAUUCAAAGAAGAAGUAUGAACGACAUAAAAAGGAGAACGAAACGUUAUGUGCCAAUUUCAAAGAAAAGGAAGAGAAGGCAUCUCUAGUUCAAGAGAACUACGAGGAAACACAGAAGCUGAUUGAUGAACAUAAAGCUGUGUUGGAUAAAGCAAAAUCUGAGUAUUGCAAUAUGAAAAAGACUGUGUACGAAUUGCGGGCAUGGAAGGAUAAAGCUGAGUUUGAACUAGAAGCUAUGAAGAAGAAAUACAAGGAUCUGAAAUUUGAGUGGAAGGCUUACAAGGACAAGCUUGAUAAGUUGCAAACUGCCCUUAUAAAGCAUAUGGAUCAAAUUCAGAAAGAUUUAGUGGAAUCUGAAAAGGUUCAAGCAACCUUGGCAGAUGAACAUCUUAAUAGUUGUUGCGACCUUCAAAGGGCCAUUGAAACGGCAGCACUUCUAGAAGCACAAAUGAAAGAGAUGAAUCCAAAUCUUGAUUCAAUCUCAGAGUACCAGAGAAAGAUCUCAUUGUAUAACGAAAGAGUGGAGGAUCUGAGUAUUAUCACAAAACAGCGUGAUGACAUAAAGAGGCAGUAUGAUGAAUUGAGAAGGAAGACAUGUCACAUUUUUGUUUAUAUUUUAUGGUUGCAUGCUCUGUUGGAUGACUUCAUGGGAGGAUUUAAUGCAAUAUCUUUGAAGUUAAAAGAAAUGUAUCAGAUGAUCACGCUGGGAGGUGACGCAGAACUUGAGCUAGUCGACUCCUUGGAUCCUUUCUCUGAAGGUGUUGUCUUCAGCGUUAGACCACCAAAGAAGAGUUGGAAGAAUAUUUCAAACUUAUCUGGUGGUGAAACGACAUUGAGCUCAUUGGCUCUUGUGUUUGCACUGCAUCAUUACAAGCCUACACCUCUUUAUGUGAUGGAUGAAAUUGAUGCUGCCUUAGACUUUAAGAAUGUUUCCAUCGUCGGUCAUUACGUGAAGGACCAGACAAAGGAUGCACAAUUCAUAAUCAUAAGCCUUAGAAAUAACAUGUUUGAGUUAGCGGAUCGACUUGUGGGGAUAUACAAAACUCAUAAUCGCACUAAGAGUAUUACCAUUGACCCAAGGAGUUUUGUGAUCUGCAAUGAAGCUGCUCAGGCCUAAAGUUUCACCUGGCGAUUAAAAUGACGUAUGCCUUUUCUGUAUGGCGAUUAAGGAGACCGUUUCUGUAUGGCGAUUAAGGAGACUGGGAUAAACAUUCAUAUAUUUAGUGUAGAGAUACAAGAUCAGUGAGAGGCCAAA